GAAAUGUCAAAUCAAACUUAAACUUCAAAGUUUCCAAAAAAGUUUUGUAACUUUAGAUUUGUUUUUAUUUUACUUCGUACGAUACAUGUAUUAAUUGAAAUCAAGUGAAUUAAUAAAACAAUAAGUGCCUUGAUACAUUUCAAAGUGAAUUUCAUUCAUAAUCUUCUUUUUAAAUUUGUUCAAGAGGUAUUAGGUAAUCAAGUGCUGUGUGUGACCCAAAAUGCCGCGCAAAUUGCUCAAGUUCCUCAUAGUAUUUGAUAACACAUCAUUGUUAUAUUUUCCGGGGCAAUUCUUGUCUGGGAAAGUUUUAAUGGAACUACAAGAUGACACACCUGUGUUAGGUCUCCACUUCCAUGUGAUUGGUGAGGGAGUGGUGCGAGUUGGGUCGGGCCGACAUGAGAGACUGUUUGAUAAAGAGAAUUACAUAGACUUCAGGAUGAGACUGCUUGGAGAACCAGGUCACAGCACAUCAGUCCUAUCACCUGGUAUACACAGCUUCCCAUUCAAGCUAGGCCUGCCAAUGGGUCUGCCCUCCACGUUCCUCGGCACUCACGGCUGGGUCCAAUACUACUGCAAGGCAGCACUCAGGGAGCCCAACGGUCUCACUCACAAGAACCAACAAGUCUUCAUUGUGAUGAACCCUAUUGACCUCAAUUUGGAACCACCAGUUUUGUCUCAACAGUUCGAGUGCAGCGUGGAACACAGACUGGGUGUCGGGUGUGUGGGCGGGGGCACGGUGUCCUGCGCCGUGUCAUUGGACCGCGGGGCCUACGUGCCCGGCGAGAGCAUCAUGCUCACUGCCACACUCGUGAACAAUUCCAGGACCACUAUCAAAGCUACCAGGGCUGCUCUCACUGAGACGAUCCAGUACUCAGCUCACGGCAAAGUAGCCGCGAAGGAGGUGCGUGAGCUAGCGUCACUGUCGCACGGUAAGACCCGCGCCGGCGACAGCGACGUGUGGCGCCACGAGCUCCUGUACGUACCGCCGCUGCCUCCCACCAACCUGCGCGGAUGCCAUCUCAUCUCUGUGCAGUAUGAUGUCUUCUUCAUAAUCGAGCCGAAGAGUUUGGAGAAGGAAGUAAAGCUGCAGCUCCCGAUCCUGAUAGGUACGUAUCCGUUCCGCGAGGAAUCAGACGAGCCGCAGCCUCCCACGCACUACCCCAGCACGCUGCCCAUCUUCCGCGCCUGGCUACACGACAAGCCAGCACACUGACAUACAAACAGACAGACAAAUAUUGACACGCAGUACUGACAGUUACUUUUGUAGCGUUAACCCUUUCGUACUUUAAUCAUAAGCUUUACGUUUCAACUAUCGAAAUGUUAACAAUCACAUCUAAAG